AUGUCGUCCAUGCUGUCAGUGCGUGAUGAUCGUCGGAGCAGGUCGAAAUCUCCGAGUGGACGAGAUAGGGACCGAUCCCGCUCGCGCUCGCGUGACGCCCGCGCUCCGUCUCCGGCGAGACCGGAGCGCAGAUCCAAUAAAUACUCGGAGAGCGAGAGCGAGGAAUCAGAGGACGAAGACGAUCGAAGGCGUCGAAAGAGCAAGUCGAGCAGGCGCUAUGAAGACGAGGACGACGAUCGACGUCGGGGUGGCCGAAAGAGCUCGAAAAAAUACUCUGAUGAAGAUGUCGGAGAUGGUGAUCGGUACAAGCCUUCGAAGACGUCCAAGUCGUACAGGAGAGAACCCUCGCCAUCAGACGAUGAUAGAAAGUAUGACAAGCGGAGAGAAAAAAAGCGGACGGAUGGUUCGGACGAAGAGCGUCGCAGGAAGGAAAAAUCAAGGAGGAAGCAGGCGUAUGAAAGUGAUUCGACCGAGUCCGACGAUGUAGAUAAGUCCAGGACGAGGCGUGAUAGAAAGGAAGCAGAGCGGGCUCUGAAUGGUCACGCACCUCCUGGGGCAUAUGGGUACCCUCCUGGAUACCCUCCUGGAUACCCUCCUGGCUAUCAUCCAGCUCAAAAUGGCUACCAGGAUGCAAGGCACAUGAGCUAUGUUUCCGGUGAUCCUCGAUUUGCUCCUCCACAAGGCCAAUACCUUCCUCAGCCUGCAGCACCGCAGCGGCCAGGAUCAUUCAGUGGGCCACCACCCAGCUCUCGAUACGAGCCGCCAGAUCAAUUUCAACAUGCUCCGCCCGAGUCUAUCCCUGUCAACUAUCGGCGCAACGACCCACGCGAAAAUGGAAAGCAGUACGUGAAGACGUACGAUGCCAAUGGCCAGGCCCAAAUGAUGGAAAUCAAACCAUCAGACGGGGACCGUGACCGCCGGAAGCCAUCCAAGGACCGGCGAUACGAUGAUGAUGAUGAUGAUGAUUCCGAUGAAGAUGACAGAAAGGACAAACGAUAUAACGGUGACCGCCAUGAGCGGAAGGAAGAUCGCAGAGACGAGAGACGAGACGAUCGUAGGGAGGAGCGUCGCGAGCGAAGGCGUGACGAAGAUCCUCGAGACAAGCGGCAGAAAGACUACCACAAUGACAGGUAUGGCCCACCACCAGAAGAAAGCACCACAAAGAAGCUCGGGAAGCUUGCGAUCGGAGGCGCUACCGGUGCUGCCACUCUUGGUGUGGCCCAGCACGCCAUGGGAGGCGAUGGCAAGCCGCCUGCAUCACCCCUGCUCGAAGCGUACAAGGGUACCUAUCAGUCUAUGUCGCCUAUGCCGUCUGCCCUUGUGCUGAGCAAGCACAAGGAUGAUUCAGAUCUUUCCGACUUCGACCUGGAGGGGGCGUCGGAUGAUGACAUUGACCCACGAGAUCCCAACGCUGACCUGAAGCGUAAGAUCAAGAAGCUCGAGCAGGAGAAGGAACGGUCAAAGGGAAGCAGCCGAGGAAAGGGCGAGGGCAAAGAUCGCGACAGAGCCAAGGAGACGAAUCCGCGGUCUUCCAGGGAAGAUGACAUUCAAUAUCAGACGAUAGCCCCACGAGACAGGGCCGAUUCGAAUGUUUCCGAUAUCUCCUCCAUGAUGGUAUCUCCUAACAGUGUGAGAAAGAAGCGAGUCACCUUCUACGAUGCCGAUGACGAUGCAAAGCGUAUUGCGGCUGCAUUGGAAGGCACCCAGCGUCCCCCCAAAGUCAAACCACUGAUCCAGAUCCUCCCUUACCUCUCUGAUGACGAUAUCAUGGCGCUUCGUCUCUCUUACAAGAGCGUGGCUAAAGUCGGUGGGCAAGGCAUCAAUAUCGCCAAACAUAUCAAGAUGCGCGUGCCCGGCAAUCUAGGCAAAGCUUGCUAUGCCACCGCCCUCGGCCGCUGGGAAUCAGAAGCCUACUGGGCUAACAGCUGGUACCAGGGUGGUGCCACGCGGCGAGAGCUCCUCAUUGAGUCCUUGAUGGGACGCACGAAUAGCGAUAUCCGCGAAAUCAAGAACUGCUUCAAGGAUAAGCGUUAUGCUGACGACUUGGAGCGCUGCAUGAAGGCCGAACUGAAGGCCGAUAAGUUCCGCACCGCGAUUCUACUGGCGCUGGAGGAACGAAGGAUGCCGGAGCAGACGCCCCUCGAUUCGAGGCUCGUGAUGGCGGACUGUAAGGACUUGUAUCGCGCCUUGGCGUCGCCUGGUGGCGAGACAGCCAUGAUCGAGAUCAUCGUGGUGCGCAGCGACGCGCAUUUGCGCGAGGUGCUGCGCGCGUUUGAGAAGGCGUACGAAGUGAAUUUCGCGCGCGCCAUGAUCGAGAAAUCCCGCAACCUGGUGGGUGAAACGCUGGCGCACGUGCUGAAUGGCGCGCUGAACCGGCCGAUGCGUGAUGCGUUGCUGCUGCAUCAGGCUAUUGCGGAGACGGCGCCGGGGAAGGAGCGGGCGGAAUUGCUGAUCUCGAGACUGGUGCGGCUGCAUUGGGAGCCAAAGCACUUGGAAAAGGUGAAGGCGCAGUAUGAGACUCGGUACAGGCGGAGCGUGGAAGCUGCGAUCAAGAAGGAGGUGCUUGCAGGCAUGAAGACCGAGGAGGGUAGGCAGUGGACUGAGUUCUGUAUUGAGUUGGUAAGGAGCAGCGUUUAG